GUGGUCAAAUUAGUACCAAUUUCAUGACAUAUCGCAAAGGUCCCACCUUUCCGUCUUUUACAGCCUCAUAGGGUCCAAAGGGGGAGACUCAGAUCGGUUUCUCUUACACGUAUGCACUAGAAAGUAGAAUCUCUGGGGAGUUUUUGGAGUGAAUUCUUGGAACUUGGAAGAUGGCAGCAGGAGCGCCCAGGAAAGUUUCAGCUGCUGCAGCCAGGUCUCACACUCGAAAAUCUAAGCAGAAGGGUUCCCUUCUUUCAGGGUUAUUUGGGAAAAUAUUGCUUGUAUCCUUCAUAGGAGUUUUGGCAUAUGCUUACCAGGCAACUAGGCCUCCUCCUCCCAAGAUAUGUGGAUCGCCCGAUGGGCCUCCUAUAACUGCACCGAGAAUAAAACUUAGCGAUGGAAGAUAUUUGGCUUACAAAGAGCACGGUGUGCCCAAAGAUAAAGCCAAGUAUAAGAUCGUGUUUGUCCAUGGAUUUGAUUCUUGCAGGCACAGUGUUGUGAUUGGCAGCGAAUUGGCUCCUGAUGUUAUUGAGAGUUUGGGGAUCUACAUUGUUUCUUUCGAUAGACCUGGUUAUGGAGAGAGUGAUCCUAACCCGAAACGCACUGAGAAGAGCAUAGCCUUUGAUAUCGAGGAGCUUGCUGAUCAGUUGGGACUAGGUUCGAAAUUCUAUGUUGUUGGAUUUUCCAUGGGCGGGCAGGUUGUAUGGACCUGUCUCAAGUAUAUCCCUCAUAGGCUGGCCGGUGCGACUCUUAUAGCACCAGUUGUUAACUACUGGUGGCGUAAUUUUCCUGCAAACUUGUCGAAAGAAGCGUACUACGAGCAACUUCCUCAAGAUCAAUGGACUCUUCGGGUUGUUCACUAUGCUCCAUGGCUUGCGUACUGGUGGAAUACCCAAAAAUACUUUCCUGCUUCUAGCGUUGCAGCUCACAAGCUCGACAUUUUUAAUUCACACGAUCGAGAGCUUCUGUCUAAAGUUGUUUCCUUCGGAAAGGGGCACAUGGGGCAGAUAAGGCAACAAGGUGAAUUUGAGUCUCUCCACCGGGACUUGAUGGUUGGGUUUGGGAGCUGGGAAUUUGACCCGAUGGAUUUGAAGAACCCGUUCCCUAACAACGAAGGCUCUGUUCACCUGUGGCAAGGAGACGAGGAUGGACUUGUGCCUAUUACUCUGCAAAGAUACAUCGCUCAGCAGCUUCCGUGGAUUCAUUACCACGAGCUUCCAGGCGCUGGUCACAUGUUUCCUUUCGCUGAUGGAAUGGCGGGCAAAAUACUGAAGGCACUUUUAGUCGGAGAAAGCGAUCAUUAGGUUUGCAUUGCCCGUUCCAUUUUAUCCUAUUACUUUCUUCGAAAACUCGGUUCUUUUCUUGCAUAGAUCUGUGUUAUAGACAUUAAUUAGAUUUGCUAUGACUUCAGAUGCUCCUUAUGGUAAUAUAGUCAGAAAUGAGUUAUAGACAUUUAUAUGUUUCUUUCA